AUGCAUUACUCCCAUGAACUGUGGUACACAAUUUCGGCCGAGCUGUACAAAGUGAAUCAAAAACUCGGUGCGGAAUUAAACCCGACUGAGGCGGGCUUGGUGCGUAAACAAAUCCAAUCGUUACGCGAUCGAGUCGAAGAGAUUACACGCUAUCUGCAGGUCGACUUGGACGGUCUCGGUCGUGUGAAUCAGUUCGCUGAAACACGACGCACCGGUUUGGAUGGACUGGCUGCUAUGAUUCAACGACGAAUACAGCUGAUUCAAGUGAGUUGUAUCGGUGAAUUGUGA